AUGGCGUCCCUCUUCAACUCCCACCUGGAGCAGAUCUCCCUCUGCGCUACGUCCAUUGGCGAGUUGCCUUUCCAAGGACCCAAGGCCUUCAGCAAUGCUCUGCUUUCCCAGCACGACAUUACUGCUUUGAUACGCGACACUGAAGCGCACGAGCGAGCAUUGUUCCACCUAGCUCCGCCUCCUUUGCCCAGCAAAUCGGCCGCUCAGGACUUUGUAGCAGGACCUCCAAGUGGUCCCGCACAGUCGACGACUUCCCGCAGGGCUACUGUUUAUGGACAACGUCAGCCCAAAAGUAAAGCCGUAGCAGCCGUGCUUGGUGGCGAGCUUUAUCAACGGACCAGAAAAGAAGGCGCCGCAGUUCGACAGAAAGGCGAGGUCGAUGUCGAGGUCCUACUCGAAGGUGCCGAGAAAUUGUUGGGCGUCUACCCAGUUCCUGGCGCCGCCGAACGAAUCACUCAGCUCAGACGUCGGCAUCAGCAACUUGCUGCGAACAUUGCGCAUUAUGAGACUGUCGUGAGCCAACAAAGCGCAGAGCUGGCUAGCAUGAAUCAGCCUACCUACGACGAUGACAUUGACGAGAUUCUGGAUGAUGAGCCAACUGUGUCAGCACCUCCUAUGACCAAAGAAGAUCUUGAACGUGAAGAAGCUGAAAUUCAGGAGCUUGAACGCAAGAAGAAGACCCUCGAAGACCGCGUGACUGGCAUGGAACGAGAUCUGGGUGGCUUGAUGAGGUAG